AUGUUGCCUGAAAAGAGAUUAUUAACAGAAGAUGAUAUGAAAUUAUGGGAGGCAAGUUCUACUAAGAAAGAACUUCUUGAUUUUAUAUCAACAUUAGCAGAAGCUGUAAAGGGGUGCGAGAAUUCUCAAAUCAGUGAACCUAUAUCUCCUGCUAUCAAUACACUGGAACAAAUAUUAGUCUCUAUUGAUAAAAUUAUUGACAAGCAUCCUGUCUUGGAAGAUAAAGAAAUAUCCAGGUUUGGUAAAAAAGAAUUUAGAGGUUUUUAUGAUGAAAUAAAUGAAGUGUCUGAGAAGUUAAUCCAUGAGAAUUUCCCUUCUCUCACACAUGAACAACUGGAACAACUGACAAUAUAUUUAGAUGAAUCAUGGGGGAAUAAGCAAAGAAUUGAUUACGGUUCAGGUCAUGAAUUGAAUUUUAUGUGUUUCCUUUUUGGCCUGUAUAAAUACGAUGUUCUAAAAUUAGAUAUAGAUGCUAGGAAUAUGGUCUUGAUAAUUUUCAUUAAAUAUCUGGAUAUAAUGAGAAGCCUGGAAACAAAAUACUGGCUUGAACCUGCAGGCUCUCAUGGGGUAUGGGGGUUAGAUGAUUAUCAUUUCUUACCCUUCUUAUUUGGCGCAUACCAAUUGGCGACGCAUAAACAUUUAAAACCAUUAUCCAUUCAUAAUGAGGAGUUGGUCGAAAUGUUUGCAAAAAAAUACUUAUAUUUUGGUUGUAUCGCAUUCAUAAACUCUGUAAAAACAACGGCAUCGUUAAGGUGGCAUUCCCCUAUGUUAGACGAUAUUAGCGGUGUUAAGAGAUGGUCUAAAGUGGCAGAAGGAAUGGUGAAAAUGUAUAAUGCUGAAGUCCUAAGCAAAUUGCCAAUUAUGCAACAUUUUUACUUUAGUGAAUUCUUAAAAUGCCCUGAAGGUGUCUCACCACCAGGUGAGAAAGGGCAUAUACAUGAUGGAAAGGAAGAUGACGAGUGUUUGGCCGAGGGACAUACCCAUAGCACAUGGGGUGAUUGUUGUGGUAUCAAAUUACCGAGUGCAAUAGCUGCUACAGAAAUUAAUAAGAAGAAACACCGACCCCUUCCUUUUGACUGA